AUGGCUCAUCUAGCUUCCCUAUCGAAAGAAGAGCUGAUCGCUCGAAUCGAAUUUCUCGAAUCUGCAGCCAAAGUCAAAUCGCCCACUACCACAACCACAACCAACGAGCCUGCCGAUAUUACUGGCAAUACAGUCAAGCCAGAUGCAGGACCUUCAACAUCAACAUCUACCAAUGGGAACCAGAAUGAAUAUCGUGUAGUUUUGGACGAAAAUGGUAAACCACUUCGAAAACAUGCUAGAAAACAAUUAAGGAAAUCUGAAAAACCAUUUGAAUAUCAUUCGCAUCCCACUCGACAUAUAGCGUUAAUGAUCUCAUAUCAUGGAUGGCCAUAUUGUGGAUUGGCUUUACAGCCACCUUUACCGGGUAUGCCAAAUGUCCAAACUGUUGAAAGUGAAUUACUGAAAGCAUUGGAAAAAACAAGAUUGAUAGAAGGAGGAAAAGGUUUGGAAGGUUGCAAUUAUGGUAGAUGUGGUAGAACAGAUAGAGGUGUAAGUGGACAUGGACAAGUCGUCAAUCUAUGGGUUAGAAGUAAUAGAAAAUUAGAUGAUCAAGGUGAAAAACUGAAUGAAAUAGGUUGGAAAUUACCUCAAAAUCCUUUACCACCGAAACCCCCUAACGUUAACAUGGAACAAGAUGAACAGACCCAACAAGGACAAGGGGAACGACAAGGUGAACAAGAAGCGAAAUCAAAGAAAAACAAGAAAAAUGUACAAGUCAUUCCAAAAUCAGAUCCACUCGAAUAUCCUUAUCCGAAAAUAUUAAAUUCAGUACUACCUCCUUCCAUCAGAGUAAUAGCUUGGACACCUUUAAAUUCAGAAUUUGAUUCUAGAUUUUCAUGUUUAUUCAGACAUUACAAAUAUGUUUUCCACUUAAAACCCACACCCACUUCUGAACCACUGGAUCUGGAUCUGAUGAAAUUGGGUGCAGAGAGGUUAAUAGGUGAAAAUGAUCAUCGAAAUUUUUGUAAAUUAGAUGGAUCAAAACAGAUUAAUAAUCAUAAAAGGACAGUUCUUAAAGCAUAUUUCGAAGGAAUCGAUAAAGAAAACGACAAAUACGUUUUCAAUUUGAUUGGAACUGCUUUUUUAUGGCAUCAAGUUAGACAUAUUAUAGCUGUUUUGUUCUUGAUCGGAAGUGGAUUAGAGAAACCCGAAUUAAUCAGUGAUUUGUUAAACGUUGAGAAAUAUCCUUCAAAACCAAUCUACACAAUGGGUGAUCCAUUGCCCCUAACUCUGCAUGAAUGCGGUUAUAAACAGUAUCCAGAAGAUGAUACUGAAAAUUUGUUAUUGGAUUGGAGGUUCGGCGGAUACGAUGGGCCAUGGAAUAGUUUAGGACAAGAACGAAAAGAUGAAUUAUAUCAUUUGGCAAUGGGUGGAAGAGAAGGCUUUGAAAGGCAAUUAAUGACUGCCACGCAACAAGCUGAAAUUAAAGCUUGGCAAGUCGGUGGAUCUCUAAGAAAGAUAAGGGAAUUAUUGGGACCUGUCAAAAAAGACAGAGAAGAUCAAAUAAUCCAUUCUGUAGGUGGUGGUGAAGUGUCAAUCGGAUUGAACUAUAAACAAUUAUCAGAAAGGUUACGAGGUGAAACUCCAGAAGAAGUUAAUAGGAAAUGGCGAGAACUGAAGGGCAGACCAGGAGGAAAAAGUAAAAAGAAUGCUAUGGAUGUGGAUGGAGAUGUAGAUGAGAGCGGCGGCGGUGAUGAGUAG